CCCCCACGCCUCGCCGCCGUCGAGAGCGGGCCUCCCUCCAGCCAGCCGUCCGCGUCGCCGCCUCAGCCUGGUGUGGAGUCCUCAGGGUUCGGAGGCGGCGGUGGUGGAGAUGGAGGCGGUGAUGCUGAUCUCGGCUGGGUGCGGGUUUUCCCGCACGUGCUCACAGCGUCCAUGGCCAAUUUUCUCUUUGGCUACCACAUUGGGGUUAUGAAUGGCCCAAUAGAGGAUAUUGCACGAGAGCUUGGUUUUCAAGGAAAUCCGUUUCUCCAAGGUCUUGUGGUCAGCAUAUUCAUUGUGGGCGCAUUUUUUGGGAGCCUAGGCUCGUCUGCACUAGUUGAUUAUUUAGGUUGUAAAAGGACUCUUCAGAUCGAUAGUAUUCCAUUGAUUCUUGGGGCUUUUAUCAGUGCACAGGCACAUUCAUUGGAUGAGAUGCUCCUUGGAAGGUUCCUUGUUGGCAUUGGAAUUGGCGUAAAUACCGUGCUUGUUCCAAUAUAUAUCUCUGAGGUUGCUCCAACAAAAUACAGAGGCUCUCUGGGUACUCUAUGUCAGAUUGGAACAUGUUUAGGAAUAAUUGCUGCACUUUCCUUGGGUAUACCUUCUGAAAGUGAUCCACAUUGGUGGCGAACAAUGCUUUAUGCUGCAUGUGUACCUGGUUUUCUCAUUGUUGCUGGAAUGCAAUUCGCCGUCGAAAGCCCUCGGUGGCUUGCCAAGGUUGGGAGAUUAGAUGAUGCCAGAAAAGUGGUAGAAGAUAUUUGGGGAGCUUCCGAAGCUGAGAAGGCCAUGGAAGAAAUGAAAUCUGUCGUUGUAAACGACGAUUCACAGGCUAGCUGGUCAGAACUUCUGUCGGAACCCCACAAUAGAGUUGCAUUGAUUGGAGGGUCACUUUUCUUUCUGCAACAGUUUGCUGGAAUAAAUGGUGUUCUAUAUUUUUCAUCAUUAACAUUCCGUGAUGUUGGUAUUACCAGUGGUAUUUUGGCGAGCUUAUAUGUUGGAAUAACCAACUUUGGAGGAGCACUUGUUGCUUCAAAUUUGAUGGACAAGCAAGGACGGAAGAAUCUUUUGAUAGGGAGCUAUCUUGGAAUGGCAUUUGCUAUGUUUCUUAUAGUGUUUUCCAUCAGCUUUCCACUUGAUGAAGACGUUGGACACACCCUGUCAAUUACCGGAACUCUUUUGUACAUUUUUACUUUCGCUAUUGGUGCUGGGCCAGUUACUGGAAUCAUCAUCCCUGAGCUUAGCAGUGCUCGGACACGCUCAAAAGUUAUGGGGUUCAGCUUCACUGUACAUUGGAUAUGUAAUUUUGUGGUGGGACUAUAUUUCCUGGAGCUUGUGAAGUUAUUCGGCGUUGGAGCAGUCUAUGCAGGCUUCGGUGGGGUCUCCUUGUUGACAGCACUUUUCGCUUACAAUUUCAUAGUCGAGACGAAAGGACGUUCUCUUGAGGAAAUCGAGAUGUCUCUGAGCCCUGCUGCCCCUGGGGAACCAAAGUAAGACAGACUGCUAUGUUAAGUUCUGCAGAAUGAACAAAAGUUUCAACAGCCUGGAGGAAUUUUUGAACCGGGAAGUACGCACACUCUAGUAAUGAUCUAACCUGCCUGUGGGUCAUGUAUAAGCAGUAGCCAUUAGCAGCAACGAUCGUAAAUAGCUUCACCUAACUUUAUGAUUACGCCUAUGUAUAUGAUAGAUCACUUUUUUGCAGGGAAUAUAAUAGAUCGAAUUGUUAAGAAGUAAACACUCCUCAGUUGUUAAUAGUGCUAGCUAUUGGUGAG